AGCAGAACAGUUGACUCAGUUGGGUCUGCUCUGGCCCGACACACACACACACACACACACACGCUGUCCUCUCUCUCUCUCUCUCUUACUCAUAAGACACUCUGAGUGUCUCUCUUGCUCUCACAUGCUCCAGCUCUCUCGCACACAUACACACACUCCACUUCCUCGGCGGCUGCAGUGGAGUACAGAGGAGUCAGUGAGAGAGAAAGAGGAAAAGAGAGAGGACAGGCGGCACGGCGCGGACGUUGAGAGAGGGACAGGAUCAGAGAUACGGAGAGAGAGAGAGGGGGAGAGAGAGAGACGCGGGAGGCAGGGAGAGCUGGAGAGCUGGUGGCUCGCUCCCACACCUCAUCCUCACUUUGCUGGGACAGACACAGAAUUGAUGUCCAAGGAAGCGGAGUCGGAUGUGAGAGGCAGUGAGUGUGACACAGUCCCACCAGAGCCUAGCACUGAGUCGCCCAGGUCAUCUCCAGCGAAGACUGACAGACCCGACAGCAGCGCUGGUGUUUCCACGAGCGACCCCUCCACCAGUAGCCACAGUAGCAGCGGCAGAAGCAAGGCUGGUCUGGGUGGCCUAAGCAUUGUUAGUGGUAGCGCUGAGGGAGCAGGCGAAAGCUCCAUGCAGUUCAGCACCAGACCGCCUAGUGCUGAGCAGCCGGGCUUCAUGGGGACAUGGCAGCCGCAGAGCACUGACAGCAACCUCCUGUACAGAAUGUCCCAGCAGGGUGCUGUAACGCGGCUUCCUUUGAAGUGCGACAGGUCGACUUUGGGCCGAGACCCGGAAGAGGCCAUCCGCUGCACUCUGGUGAACUGCACAUGUGAGUGUUUCCAGCCAGGAAAGAUUCACCUACGAACAUGUGACCAGUGCAAACACGGCUGGGUAGCUCAUGCUCUGGACAAGCUCAGCACCCAGCACCUCUACCACCCCACCCAGGUGGAAAUCGUCCAGUCCAAUGUGGUGUUCGACAUCAGCAGCCUGAUGCUCUACGGCACCCAGGCCGUACCCGUCAGACUCAAGAUCCUCCUGGACCGCCUGUUCUCGGUGCUGAAGCAGGAGGAGGUGCUGCACAUCCUGCACGGUCUGGGCUGGACCCUCCGCGACUAUGUCAGGGGCUACAUUCUGCAGGAUGCUGCAGGCAAGGUGUUGGACCGCUGGACCAUCAUGUCCCGGGAAGAAGAGAUCAUCACCCUGCAGCAGUUCCUACGCUUUGGUGAAACUAAGUCCAUCGUGGAGCUGAUGGCAAUUCAAGAGAAGGAAGGUCAAGCAGUAACAGUUCCCUCCUCCAAGACAGACUCUGGAAUAAGGACGUUCAUUGAGAGCAACAACAGGACCCGAAGCCCAGGGAUCCUGGCACAUAUGGAAAACAGUAGCCCGUCGAGCAUUCAUCAUUUUGAGAAUAUACCAAACAGUCUUGCCUUCUUGUUGCCAUUCCAGUACAUAAACCCUGUCUCAGCCCCCAUGCUUGGCCUGCCCCCCAACGGCCUGCCCAUGGAACAGUCGUCUCUUCGGCUCAGGGAACCCAACUUGCCAAACCAGGUUGAACAGGUGGAGACAAGCGAGUCAGAAGUGUCUCUUUCCCCUUUCCGAACUGGCCAGAGCCCCAGCCGCGGCACACUUGGCUCCUUAAACAACAUCGAACCUAAAUCAGAGGCCAGUAACAGGGCGUCUCCCGUUUCACCGUCUCCUUCCGCUCAUGGCCAAGAGGGACAGCAGCAGACGCAGCACCAACAACAGAGUCAGCAGUCCCAAAGUCUAUCUCAGCAGAACAACAGCUUAAGUGACCACCAAGUGCAUCAACACUUCAUAAAGGAAGAGCAGUCGAAAACCAUCACCCACCCAUCUUUUUCGUCAAAGAUGCAUCGCAUGCGUCGCAUGGGAGCGACCUCGCGUAAGGGGCGGGUGUGUUGCAACUCUUGUGGAAAGACAUUUUAUGAUAAAGGCACACUAAAGAUACAUUAUAAUGCUGUACACUUGAAAAUUAAGCACCGUUGCACCAUUGAAGGCUGCAACAUGGUUUUCAGUUCAUUACGCAGUCGCAACCGCCACAGCGCCAAUCCUAAUCCGCGGUUGCACAUGCCUAUGUUGCGAAAUAACCGUGACAAAGACCUCAUCCGUGCAACGUCGACCUCUGGCACGCCGGUCAUCUCAAGCACCAAGAACAGCGGCUUCACUCUCACCAGCCCUGGACGGCCUCCUCUGGGUUUCACCACUCCCCCAGUCGACACAAUGCUUCAGUCACCUCUGCAAAGCCCCUUAGUUUUCCCCUCCCUAAAGUCAGUGCAGCCAGUCCAACCAGUGCCUCCAUUCUAUCGCACACUGCUGUCCCCUGCAGACCUCGUCAGUCCUCCAGUGUCGCUGCCCACCAGUCCCAUUUUGCCCACCACAACAAACAGUACAUCUCUGAUGGACCAGCAACAACAGAUGUUGGCAGCCGUGGCUUCCCAUAACAACGCUCACGUGUCCGACGCCGGACUCAUGGCUCACCGCUUAUCUAACGCUAGUGCCAAUCACGAACCCUCCAUUGAUCCCGCCCCCAAGAAGAAGCCUCGUAAAUCCAGCAUGCCAGUAAAGAUCGAAAAGGAAGUCAUUGACGUGGCAGAUGAAUUUGACGACAAGGAGGAGGACGACGAUGACAGCAUUCACCGGAAUUCCCAUCACCACUCGUUGCUUCUUCACAACAACAUUAAAAUCAACGGCAGUUGUAACGGCAACAACACUGGCAAUGGUACAGGGAACCACAGCGGAGGUAGUGGGCCGCAGUCUCCUUCCCAGGAUGAGAUGAGUCCCAGCAUAGGCCUCAGAGGUAUGAUGCGGCAGAGUGAAGACGAAUGCCGGGAAGGCACUGGUAGCGAGAGCCGGGGUAACCUCCGAGGCUCAAGUGACCAGCAAUGCAUGGAUAGCUUCACAUCAGAGGACCAGGACCACGAACGAGACUUUGAAAAUGAGUCCGAAACAUCCGAUUCCAAGAUGUUUUACCGUGACGAAAUGAUGGAGGUGGAGGAUCAGCACAAGCAUGGCAGGGGGGAUAGAACUCUGGACAAGGAGCACGAGGACGAGGCGGACGAGGAAAGCAACAUGCGGAAGGAAAUGGAAAGGAAAGACCAUUCCUCACCCUCCCCGCAUCAGCCCCCCAUCAAGAUCAAGGAAGAACUCAAUGAUCCCACUUAUGACAUGUUCUGCAUGAGCCAAUACGGCCUCUACAACGGAGGGAUAGCGGCAGCCGCCGCAGCGAGCAUGGCGGCUCUGCAUGAGAGUUUCAUCUCCUCAAUGGGCUACGGUGCGAGUCCUCCCAAAUUCCCUUCUUCCCAUUCGCCAGACGAAGACCCAUGCUCGAGUCCAGACCCUAAAAUCUGCUACGUUUGUAAAAAGAGCUUCAAGAGCUCCUAUAGCAUGAAACUGCACUACAAGAAUGUCCACCUGAAAGAGAUGCAUGUGUGCACUGUGGCUGGUUGCAACGCUGCUUUCCCAUCCAGGCGGAGUCGAGACAGGCACAGCUCCAACAUUAACCUGCACCGCAAACUGCUGACCAAAGAGCUGGACGACAUCGUCUUGGACCCCCAACUAACUCCCCUUCCCAAGGACCUACGGGCGGAGGUGCUGGCUAAGAUCUACGCUGGUCAUCACAUUGGCUUGGAGCCUAUGGCAGGCAUGGACCUCAGAGGCCACAGAUUUGGACCAGCGAGUCUGAACCACAACUAUUCUCCCUCGCGCCAUGAUUUUUUCCACCACCCUCUCCACCAUGACCUUAAGAACUACCACACCAACGGCUUCUCCGGCGGCCAGCAAGACGACUACAUGGUGCUGGACUUAAGCACUGCGUCAAGUGUACAAUCCAGUGGCAGUAUCCACUCCUCACACGAGUCCGACGAGGGCAGCGAUGAAGGGAUCCUAUUGGAGGACCUGGACGAGGAAGGAGAGGAGGACGAGGAGGACGGCAACAGUGAGGGGGAGGACCACUUGCAGAACGGCGGGGGGGAGGCAGCAGGGAAACACCUGGAGGAGAGGGGAGAAAUGAGAGGACAAGGUGACGGGUUGGACACGUCCUCCUCAUUAUUCCUCCUCUCAUCCACAGGUGGCAGUAACGGGGGAAGCAGCGGGAUCUUGUGCAACAUCUGCCACAAAAUGUACAGCAACAAAGGGACGCUGCGUGUGCACUACAAGACUGUGCACCUGCGCGAGAUGCACAAGUGCAAGAUCCCAGGUUGCAACAUGGUGUUCAGCUCUGUGCGCAGCCGCAACCGACACUCUCAGAAUCCCAACCUUCAUAAAAACAUGCCCUUUUCCGCUGUAAUAGACUGAUGAGAGACUGUCCUCGUGUCAUUCCCCCAAUUCUUUUCAUUCCAGGGUCAGCAACUGUCAGCGAAAUGCCCAUUUCAAUAUUCUCAAAAAAGAAAAAACAGCCACUGAUACUGACUGCUCCUUCUAAGGAAGCACAGGACUUCCCUCGAUCAUGGAGUGUUAUUUAUCAAGUUCAUCUCCCCACUUCUGUUUUUUUCCAUGUGUGUCUCCAAAGAAUCGACUCUUUUUUUGUGACUUUGCCUGCAGAAACGAUAUUGAAAAAAAAAAAAAAAAAAAAAGGAAUUCUUCUAGUUGUAUUUGUGAAACGAUAGCUUUUAAACAAACCCCUUACGAAAAGCAUGAAAGCUUCAUUUGUAAAUAAUGUCCCAAGAGGCUUUUGGUGUUAAAGAGUUGUGUUGAUGGUUGUUUGCUUUUCUCCCGCUCUUUUACGGUUUUAUGUUACAGUCCAGUACAAUACUUCCCGCUAUAGGCAAGACAGAGGUAGCAUCUUAUUAGCUUGACUCAUUUACGUUAGCUACAAAGUUUAAAAAAGAAAAAUGGGUCCUAGAAAAAAAAAUAUCAUGUGACUUGUUUUAUCUACUUGUUAGAUAUCAAAGGUUGCCGGCAUGCUCUUUUUUGGCUCCUACACAAAUAUCAUUCUUUGUAUUUUUAUUGAGUUUUGUCUGUUUUGUUUAUGAGCUUUAGUAUUCAGUUGUUUUUUUUUUUUUUUUUGCACUUUGCAACUACAAAAGGGGACGUGUAAUAUUACUGAGAGGAUUUUGGUGAUUUUGGGGGGGGGUCAUUAAUUGCUUCGGUGCCAAGGAAAGUGAGGAAAGUACCUUCGACAUACAGUAUUUGUGCCAGUUUUUUGUUGUGCAUGUGCAGAUUUUUAAAGCAAUACGAUACAGGCCUCCAUGAACAAAUAAAGUUUUAAGAAUGCUUGAUAAAAGGAAAUGUGAAUGAAACUGGGACCAAGUGAUUUGAGUCAAUACCCAAUGAGAAAAAUGUAGGUAUGUACAGUCCAAGAAGCUUUCAGCUGUUCCAUAAAAAGAAAGAGACCGUGACACAUUCCUGACAUCACAAAUGUUUGGUCUUUCUCUAGUAAUGCUGACAAGAUCAAUAUAAAGUCAUAUUCUGUGGCGGUUCCAUGACAUUUCACCACAAAAGGAAACUAGUCCUUCAACUGUGAACAAAAGAAUUGUGUAUAAAUCACACCCUGGAGGAUUGACAUGAUGCACUUGAGUCUUAAAUCUUUUGCUGUAAUAUUUUUUGUUUCCACAACUGUUUUGUUUUUUCAUAGCAUUUUAAAAUGUCCUCCGCUGUCCUGCAGUACCAAAAUGUCCACUAGCUGUCCAAAGGAAUGGGUAUUUAUCGGCGAAUGUCGUGUCGUUGAAAUUUUGUUUUUUGUAAAAAGGAGACUUUACAACGCGAGCAGUUACAAGGAGAACUUAUCUUACAUAAUAGGUGCUGGGCAGGAAAAGCAGUGUUAUGUUGUGUGAUGAAUGUACAGUGUUAAGAAAUUACAUCAACCGUUUUUUUUUUUUUCCUCCUUUGUAACAAUCGUUCUUUGAAGAGCCUCGACAAAGUGACGCACGCAGGUUUCAGUCCUCAAAGACAAGAGUGCAAGACAGGGAGCUGAUGGGAAGGUUGCGGAGGUGGAUGGCUGACUCGGGAGGAAAGAAUGACAGUAAAGAUCAUUAAAAAUGUGCUGCUUCUCCGCUACCUGGAGGCGUCCCUGCCUUUCUUCCCGUCUAAUAAUUCACUUGUCACUUUGUUACUUUGUUCCGCACAAAGAUUGCUGACAGGGCUGUGACGCUGAUGGGAGACGGAGAAAGAGCGAGCGUAAUUGGAACAAUUGGCUAAUAUGCUAAAGUGAUCCAUUCAGAGUGCGUCUUCUCAGUCUAAUUUAGGUCACUUAAACGCUCUUUGUCGGAGCUCAGACACUUUACAUUCGCAUUGUCUACAUCCCGACACUGCCACGGCACAAAGAGUUCACUGGACGGACACUGUACAGGGAGGAAGAGAGGCAGCACAGGAACCUUUUCCAAGAGGUGCUUUCUAGUUCAUUCACUCGUCAGUCUUGUCAAUAGAAAUCCUGUUUAGGGUCGACGGCCUAACGUUGAAUCCAGAAGGACUGUACAGAAUAACUCUGGUUGAAGAUGGGACGAGAGAGUCGGCCAACCGUAAGCCAUUUUAGCAUCUGAAUUUUGAAGGGAAGUUUGCAGUCAGGUGGCAACUGCUUGUCACAGAUGAGGUGCAACUUUCCAUUGUUAGUGGAUUUCACUGAAGUGACCAAGUAACUUUGGAGUUCUUUGGAAGCCAGGAAAUACCAACUUGGAGUAUCAAGAGUCAGGAAUCCUUCUGCGCUCUCUGUCUUGAGUUGUAGAUCUGAGUGAGAGAAGGUGUGCAGCUUAGCUCUAUGGAGUGAUACAGGACCAGAUGGAGACACUGCCCCAGUCUGACUCCAUGGAUUGGUCCAACAGUAGGAGGGUCACGACCACAACACCAGUAACUGAGAAGCACUCCAGGGUUACGAUGCCACCGCCUUAAAUAAGAACACCCUCAAUAUACUUCCUCAUAAAAUCCAGAUCUUCACCAUUCCCCAGGAAGACCAUAAAAGUAUGGACUCAGGUGCAUCCUGGAAACUCUACAUGACCCAUCUUUAAUACUUAAUUUGAGUCAGCCAAAUGUGAUCGUGAACCGCAUGGGAGGCUUGGGGCGAGAGGUAGAUGUGCUAAUCCAGGGAGCAUCGGGGUGGAUUAUCGUAAACACAGCACCUGUAUAUAACUGAACUGGAACCUGUGGAUAUUAAAGCCUGAAAAUAGGGGUGUAACCAUUUUACACUGUGCCAAUAAAACGUUUCGAUUUAAAGGCCGAGCGAGCUUGAGACGCUUUUACUUUGAAAGUUACUCCAUUGGUCUUAAAUACGCGUGUGUUUCCCGAAACACCGGUCCUCAGUUGCGAUGCAUGGCAACAUUGAACGUGAAACUUGUAUCACUUGGGUGUCGAAGUGGUGACUGAAACACCUGAUGAACACUGUCUGUUACCUGCACCGGUGUUGUUACCCACCUGCAGACGAACGGUCCUCUUUUACCAAACACUCUGGCUUGUUCCUUCUUUUCAUUUGAUUUGAUUUUUGCCUUUAUUGUAUUUUGUUUCUGCAUCUUAUAUGUUUAUGAUUUUUUGCAUAAAAUGCAUAAGGGUUUUGGGAUGUAAAUGGAAUUUUAUUCAUAUUUUGUCCAAAUACCUCUUGUAAUUUGUAUCAGAAUUCUUGUACAAUUUUUAUAUUAAAGAUU